GACAUGACAGCACAAGGGGGAUGUGUUUCCAGAGAGUGGGCAGCGGUAGGGAAGGAGACACUCGAAUAGGAAAUAAGGGGGUGGAGUAGAGUCGCCAGACUCAGGACAGAGACCACUGGAGAGCUGCAGCGAACAGGCAAUGGAUAAGCAAAAGAAGACUUCUACAAAAAUUCAAGAAUCAACAUCAUAUAUACAAGAUAAUGUUGUAAACCUGCAAGUUGUGACAUCACCGGCCAAAAAAUGCUCUGAUAAAGUAAUUGUGGAACCCAGUACGAUCACAAGCCAAAAUACUGGGGAUGAAACAUCAAUCAACUCUCAGUGUGCGAGUGAAGUGACACUGUCAAAUUUAACGACAAUAACAAGGUCACAGACACAGAAUAAUCCUCUGCAUAUGGAUUCAACAGAAAUGCAUGAUUUGUUACAGAGGAAUGAAAAAUACAAACCAUCGUCUGUUACAGAUCAGUGCCCUAUUCAGCAUGAUUCAGAUGAACAACAUAUGAAUGGAGACAAAAUCUCUGCCAGUACAGGAGCAAAUAUAAUAUUGCCUCGAGAAAAAUCUUUGUCGUCAGUUACAACCGAGACGGAAAUCACCGGCACGUUAAAUACAUCUGCAGAAUCUGAGCCAAAUGUAAAAGCAUCACCCCACUGUAUAGAUCAGGAAAAAGAAAUAGUGGCUUUUACGGAAUAUCCAACACAAACAAAUCUGGAUUCAAGCACUACACUUAAUAAUGGUGAUAACAACGGUGAUCCACCUACAGCGACAGAGAAACAGUCCAGUUCACAAGUUACUGGCUUAACAAAUGCUGAUAAAAAUCGUGACACUAUUUCUCCCAUAAAUUACACUGUUGAAGUACAGAUCAGUUCAGAUGUACAUCACAGCGUGGGAAUAAAUAUUGACUUGACUGCAAGCACAGAAAAGGAUGACAACAGUUCCAACACAGUACAGUCAUCACCUACUUUUCAGGGGAUUUCAAAAGAGUCAAAUGGUUCUGUUAGUGAAGUAGCUACAGGUGGAGAACUAGGUAAGGACGUUGAAGUGCUUUCAGCAAUGAAGGCAACGCAAGGCAAUGAAAACACAGGUGACUCCAAUGUCAGCACUGAUACAUUGCAAGCAACGUGUAUCUGUUCAGAAUGCCCAACGCAUAAUUCAAGUAGCCGCUUUCACGCAGUUGGUUCUGCAGAGUCAAGUAAAGAAUCUCCAGUUCAGAGUAGCACAAAUAGAGCAGAGGUUGAUGUCAGCACUAAUACAGCACAAAAACCAAGUGUUAAUAGUAAAAGAGCUAAAGUUGCAGAAUCAGGUAAAGAUCCAGUACUUACAUCAGUUACCAAUGCUGAGGCAGAUAAAGUCCCUGUUACAACAAAUAUGACAGAAAAGGAAGCGUUGUUUGUUUUGAAAGAGAAAAAUACCGCUGUAAAGGUGCAGGUCUGUGUUCAGGCUAAGAAAGGCAAGAAAGCCAAACAACACACUUUACUAGAUGCACCAGUUUCAAAAAUAAGUCCAUCUGCUUCAUCCAAACCACUGAACAGCAUGCGGGGACCAUUUAAAGGUCCAGAUGCAUCAAUGAAACAAACAGAAACCCAGAAGGAACGUCCUGCCAGCAUUAAAUUGCAUAGUACACAAGAUAUACCAGAAGUUAAUAAAAUAAUCGGAAGAAAGCAUGAUUCAACUCACAAAACACAAGAUAUGUAUGAAACUGACAAUACUUCAUUAAACAUUUCAAAAGAGACUCCAACUGGAAUAUCCAAGCUGGCUGCAUCUUCCAAAGAGAUGAGUGCUGAGAAGAAUGGUGAUCAAAAUUCUGAUAUGAAACUGGAAACUGAGAAAGAUGAUGUCCUUAGAAACAACUUAACAAAAGUCACUAAAAAGUCGAGGAGUAAAACGAAGUCAAAAUCCAGUGAUAAAACACUGAAUUCAAAUGAGGAGCCACAGGAGAAUAAAGGAGAAUAUACAAGUAUCGUUCAUGAAAGUAACUGCUUGUCCAAAAAUAAAGAAGAAUGUAAGGCAAUUACACAUGAAAAUAAAACAGUGGAUGCACAGAAAUCACAAAAGAAUUCAAAUAGUGUAAAUAAUGAUGCAGAUGAGGAAUUAAGAAAUAUAAAUGCAGAAGAGAAAAAUAACACUACAAUACUUGAUUCUGAAGAAAGUUACAAUAAAGUAUGUAAAGGGAAAAGAAGACAAGUAAAAAAUAAACAAAUCCAAAUUGACAUGAACCCACAAUCAAGUGAAAAACUGAAGCAAAUGUGUUCUACAGAAUAUAUCACACAGGAUUUGACAAACAAUGAACAUGUAGGUCCUCAGAAUGAAAAUAUACAAAAUAGCAAUACUGACUUACCGGCAAAUGAAAAUAAUAAAGCAGGAAUAAAUGACCAAAAACAGCAGAAAAUGAAGAAACACAGGGGUAACAGAAGAAAUAAGACAGCACAACAACAAAAUGAGAGAGACUUAAAGGGACAGGAGUAUGAAGACUCUGAAUUUUGUGGCCACAAAGAGGAAAAACUAGAAUCUAAGACGGAUUCUAGAAUACUGCACGAGGAUAAAACUGAAAACUCCAAAUCUGAAGACAUUCUUCUAAGGCCAAAUGUAAAUACAUCAAACAAUUCAACACAUGAUAAUAAAAAUGUGUCCACCGCAUUAAGCAAACAGCACCUGAUACAUUUGGCCAGAAGAGAAACAUCUGAAAUGACUUUCAUCCCUGAUGUCAAAGACUCCCUGCUAGCACCAGAAUCUACCAACUUCAUUACAACUGCAGAUGAGGAAGAAGAAAUGGAAUACAAAUUAGUUCAGAGAGAAGUGUUUUUACCUUAUGUGUGUCAUGUGUGCAAAAUAUUAGGACAGAGCUACGGUUUGAAGAGAUGCAGAAACUGUAAAAUGAUAUCUUACUGUUCGAAAGAGCACCAGAGACUGCACUGGCCUCAGCACAGAGAUUUGUGCAAGGUUAUUUCAGACAUAUGUAAACAUGAGAGAAUGACAAAUUUAUUUCAAAAGGCUGUGGGAAUUUUGCCAGAUGAAUACCGUUACUACAGAAUUUAUUAUGUUAAUAAAUGUGCACAGGAACUAGGACGGAAUUUAGAUUCUUGGGAGAAAGAGAUGAUAUAUUUUCCUCAAGUAUGCCACACUUGCUAUGAGUUUGAUAUUCAAAAGCUAACUUCUUGUCAUAAGUGCCAUCAUGUAAGUUACUGUAAACCUAGUCACUUAAAGAGUGAUCAUGACAUCUGGUGCAAAGAGUUUCAAGUUUAUCGUGAUUUUAUUUUAUGCCAGUUUCAUCAUGGAAUGAUACAACCAUCAAUACCAAAAAGGGUGUUGCAGCAUUAUGCUCCUCUGACUGGUGACAUAAGAACAUUCAUGUUAAGCACAGCCGGUGUUUCAAACAAAUCAUUAUUAAUGAAUAAGUUGGACUUGGUUGCCCUCACUGAUACAGGAACAUGCCCCCUGACUGUCCUAUUUUCUCUCCAAAAUGCCAAUUUCUCUCUUGAAGAAAUUAAGUUUCUUACCAUCCAUUUAGUAGGCGCAGAAAUGCAUUUUGAAAUUGAUAAUCUAAGAAAGUGGGAAUUACUACUGCUCCAUUUAAUACCUAGUCUCAGAAUUCUAAAAAUAGUUUUUGUCGGACCAGAACUAAAUUCAGACAAUGCAUUCUUUCAGAUAGUAGAUAAAAGUAAGAUGUGCAGAAAAUGUCACAUAGCUGGUAGAAAGGUGGUUUAUGAUUUCUGGAAAGGACUGUACCAUGAUUUUUUAAAGUCUAAAAAUUAUAAGAAACCUGAUCUUAUUUCUGCUUUCAAUGCUGGACUUCACAGAUUAUCAGAUUUUGAGGGGAAAGAUACUUGGUCUCCAACCAUCGAGGCAAUGUUGAAAGAACCAGACAUUCCCGUAAUUGUUACUGAAUAUACAGAGAAAGAGAUGCCACUUGAUCUUCAACGAAUACAAAGUAUAGUUGAUUCACUUGAGAUAAUUAUGUCACCUGCAAAAAAUCCCUUUGCAAGUUCAAAACCAAGCCUGAACUUCUUGAGUGAAGAAACUAUACCCGUCAUUUUCAAAAACUAUUAUAUUACCAUUCUUAAACGAGGGAGAAAUGUGAAAGUGGGAAACGUAAAAACUAAAAUGUAAGUUUUCAGUAAUACGACUGCAAGUAAAAUUACUAAUGUCUAUUACCAAUGCCCACUCUUUGUUUUUAGUUAGAUCUCUCAUUGACUGAUCCCAACACUUCAUUAGUAAGAAUCUAAAUUACACACAAUCUAUGGUUUGUGAUGGAUGGAAUUUUGAGAAUUAAAAUGUGAUGUUACAUAUGCAACUCAACAGGACAUGUUUAUAUUACUAGACAUCAAGAAAUAUCUCCAAAUGAAAGACGCGAGAAACAAAAACAACUGAAACUGUGUCAAUGUAAUACAAAGUUAUUCUGAAUGGGCACUGUUUAGUUUCUUUUAUGGAAUAUGGAACUGUAAAUCUUUUAAAUUAAUAUUUUACUGACUUUGUUUCUUUCAUAUAAGUAUUUGCAAAUGCAUGCGCAAAUGGUUCUUAUCUGAAGGAGAUAAAAAACUGACCACCCUCUACUUCAUAAAAGGACAAAGAAAUUAAAUUUGAAAAAUGUGACUGUUAAAUUUAUAAGCUUUGUUCACAUUAUUGUUAUUUCCAAGGUGUGACGAUUGCAAUAGUUUGAUAAAUGAAAUGGAAUGACUGUAUGUUGAAUAAACAUUUUCAUCCUUGUUAAACAUUAGAAUAAUUAUACAAAGUCAAGUUGAUACCAUCAAUUCUUAUCACCAUAAAAUCAACUAUAGAUUUAAAGCAGGGGCCUUGUUUUAAAGACAUCUUUUAAGAAAAAUAAAUAGACUUUAUGAACUUUUUUUUUCUCUUCAGGGUAGCUUCAUGAUACUGAUAUAAAAAAAUUGAAGAAAUUGAGGUAGAAUCUAAAGUAAUUAAGUAUAGGUACAAUUCAGAGAUUAUGUAUAAGAUCAAAGUUCAUUAAUCAAAUUUAUGGUGUGCAAUGUAUUACAACAAAUUACUUUGAAGAAUUCAGGUCCAGUGGAGGAAGAAUGUUCAUGGUCAUAGAGUAUCAAGUACAUUAUCUGCACUUUGAAGAAUGGAUACUUCAGAGUAAAAUGGAAAGGUGACACUUUAUACUUGAAGUACUGCCAUUAAAAAGCCAACUUCAUGGAGACAUUACUGGUACAUGAUUGAAAAUCCCAAGUUAUAAAAGCCAGAUCUGAUUGUAUAUUAAGAAACCUGCAAAUAAAUGACAAUUUGGAAAUUCCCAA